UAAUAACGUUAACUAUUGGUAACAACAAGUGAUGACAAAAUACAUACCGAACCGUUUCCAACAGCAAAACGGCGGUCAUCUGAAUGCCGCAUAUCUUAAUGAUCUCAACGAUGACAGCGAGAGUACAACUGAUCGCGAGUUUUCCAAUUAUAUUCCGUCUUCGUCCGUAGUUUUGCCCGAAUUUCUUAAAAAUUUGGCCACAAAUCGGCAACAAAAAAAUUCACGAAACAAUAAUCUUGAACUUACAUCAAAUGUUAGUCCAGAAACUGACGCUAAUAUGAAUGUCAUCACAGAUGUCAUACCACACGAAGACUUUUAUCGACGCGACAAUACUAUUCACAAGAAGUCUCGCAGACCUGACAUUGAAGAGCUUCACUUACCAUACAAUUUAGGCAAAAAGAGUAUUGAUGGCGACAAUAAUGAAGACAGCAAUGUUAAAAGUACUAAACUAGGAUGGAUUGAUGGCGUCUAUAUCCGGACAAUGAUGAACCUGUUUGGUGUUAUGUUAUUUCUGAGGAUGGGUUGGAUGGCGGGUCAGGCAGGAGUCAUAUUAGCAUUGGUACAAAUACUUGUGGCAACAACUAUCACUGUAGUGACCACCACCUCAAUGAUAGCUAUGUGUACUAAUGGUAAUAUAGGUGGCGGUGGUAUAUAUUCAAUGGUAUCGCGAACGGUUGGCCACGAGGCCGGUGGAGUCAUUGGGUUUAUGUUUACCUUUACUAACGCGGCAUUUGUUGGACUUAACGUUUUGGGAACCGCUGAAAGUGUUUCCGAUAUUUUAAAUGCCUUCAAUACAGGCAUAUGUCAGGUGCCGUCCGAAACCAACGAUCAGCGAAUUAUUGGUUAUAUAUGUCUUAUAAUAAUAGCCGCCAUUCCUAUCAUUAGUCUAGAGUUCGAGUCAAAGACAAUGAUGUUCUUCUUCUUAACUUUGGUUGUGUCGCUCAUUGACUACUUUGUCGGAUCAUUUAUACCGCCAACAGAGCUUCAACAGUCACAGGGAUUGGCCUAUUGGCACAAAUAUGUUAUUGUUCCCAAUUUGUUUCCCCGAUGGGAUGGUUCAGAUUUUUUCGGUGUGUUCGGCGUAUUUUUCCCGUCGGUCACCGGCAUAUUUACCGGUGCCAGUAUGUCGGCUGACCUGAAAGAGCCAGCAUCGGCCAUCAUAAAGGGCACUUUCAUGGCCAUAGCCACCACAUCCACGACGUACUCCAUUAUUGUCAUAUUUUUGGGUUUUACGAUUGUCGCCUAUUCAGAUGGCAACGCUGCUUCAAUUAUCUUUAACAACCAAACCUGUGAGGCGGCCAAUAACUGUCCCUUUGGUCUAAUCAAUAACUUUCAAACUAUGGCACUCACGGGCGCCAUAUCGCAGACCGGCAUUAAAAUAGAACCAUUAAUAUAUGCGGGAAUAUUUGCGGCCACUCUGUCAUCAGCACUGGGCUGUUAUACAGCCGCUCCCAGAAUAUUUCAGGCUUUCUGUGACGACCAUUUAGUACCAGUGAUUACAUGGUUUGGCAAAGGUUAUGGACCGAGUCGUGACCCGAGACACGGCUAUAUUAUUACGUUUAUAAUUGCGGCUAUAUUUGUGGCAAUCGGUGACGUCAACACUGCGGGUGUCUGGAUAUCAAACUUUUAUUUGGGCGCCUUUUUUAUUGUCAACAUAUCUUUGUUUCACGUUUCRAUGGUUAAUCCCAUCAGCUUUAGGCCAGGCUUUAGAUUUUACAACAAAUGGAUCAGUUUGAUUAUAGGCCUGUUUUGUGUGGCACUUAUGUUUUUAUUUGAUUACAUAUCGGCAGCAGUUGUUUCUGGACUUAUUAUAAUCAUAUAUUUGCUGAUGUUUUUUGUCGACCCAUCAAAGGCAAAUUGGGGCUCAUCUACCGAAGCGUGUUGUUUUGACUGCGCCCGUAGUCUAACUUUCCGUUUGAAUAAACAGGAAGACCAUAUUAAAAGCUAUCGACCAAUCGUAUUGUUGCUAUCGGGAAACCCGAAAAAUCGUCAGGUAUUGGUUGAUAUGGCCAAUAGAAUCACUAAAGGUCACGGUAUGCUAUUUCUAUCGCACGUUACGGAAGGUCCGCUCUCCUAUAAGACUAGGGAACGGGUGAUCGACUCCCAGAGAGUCUGGAUUAAGAGCGAACGUAUCAAUGCCUUCUAUAAACUGAUUGAAUCGGAGUUUCUCAGCGAUGGUAUUCGCAAUCAGAUGCACUCAACAGGUGUGGGAAAGUUUACACCAAAUAUUGUUAUGUUGGGCUAUAAAAGUGAUUGGAGAUCAGCUAAAGAUGACGAUCUGCGCGAUUAUUACGAUGUCAUACACAAUGUCUUGGAAGCACACUAUUCGCUGGUUAUGUUUCGGGUCAAAGAGGGUCUCGACUUUUCCGAUCAUUUUGUCGCAACAUUUAACAACUCUUUAACUGUUAAUCGCAUGGAAAACAAUGGAGAAAUCUAUUCAAUAUCAUCGACAAUGGAUUCAAAUACCAAUGAAACAACAACAACGAAGACACCGAUGUCGCACAUGGAGUGCCACCGGUUAGCCAAUCGGUUUAAAUAUAAGCAAUCGCCCGGUUUUAUAGAUGUCUGGUGGCUCUAUGAUGACGGAGGACUCUCUCUAYUAAUACCCUAUAUCUUGAUAAAUGACAAAYUAUGGCAAAAAUGUAGACUAAGAGUGUUUACCGUUGCUGAAGGCAAUCAGGAACUAAAUGUCAUCAAAAAUAAUUUGUCUGAAUUGUUAAAAAAAUUUCGCAUACCUUUCGCUGAUGUGUACGCCCUGUCCUACGAUGAUGUCGAGCUAUCCAUUGAAACUAAAAGAAAGUUUGACUCAAUACUKGARAAUCGUAUUAUGGAUGACAUUACACCCAUUAUCAAGACAUCACCUAAAGAACUAUUUUCAUUCAAAGAACAGACAACCAAAACUAUGAAACUGAGAGAACUGAUGGUUAAAUACUCGACUUCGUCGACAUUGAUAACACUGACACUACCGAUUCCUCGCAAAUACAAGUGCUCGGCUACACUAUACAUGUCAUGGCUUGAAGUGUUAACCUAUGAUAUGCCGCCUCUAUUACUGAUUAGAGGCAAUCAAAAAAGUGUGCUAACGUUUUAUUGUUAAAAAAUGAU